UGUCUCCGAUGAACGCCGGAAACGCAAACGGCGCUCCAUAGUAUUGACACAAUAUAAAUAACAACAAAAAGAAAAAAAAAAGAGAAGAAGAAAAUUGGUGAUUUUCUUUUGUUUUAGAGAAAUGUUUAAGACAACCUGGGCCUCGAGGUUCAUUGCUGCCGUUACUACCAUUUUAUUGGUGCUAUCAUCAGUCCGGCAGACCCUGGGACAAACGACUAACAGCAGCAGCAGCAGCGCCACCACCACCUCUACUACCACCAGCAUCAUCGACGGUGGCACCAGCCGUAGCAGCAAUUUCAGUCCCGACACAAUCUGUCCCCUUCUGCCCGACGGAACUAAAAUCAAGGAUCCACGCUACUGCAAUGUCUAUAUAGUCUGUCAGAAUGAUACCAGCACCUCGUAUUCUUGUGGUCAACAGUUUUUCGAUCGCGACACCGGCGAAUGUGUCGAUCCCGCCACCAUAGAUUGCCUCUCGAGUAAUCCAUGUGCCAAGAAGCCAACGGGUUUUGUGGCCGAUCCCUAUAGCUGCAGCAAUUACUACUACUGUUCGAAUGGUGUGGGCACGCUGGGCCAGUGUUCGACGGGCCUCAAUUAUAAUCCGGAUACCAAUAAUUGUGUUCGUAAUUUUUCGUGUGAGAUAACCAUGCUGCCGGAGGACUAUUGUAAUAUUGUGCCGGAGGGUGUGUUCAUAAAGGUGCCCGGUUCCUGUACGGAAUAUCAAUUGUGUUGGCGAACGGAGCUGUUGAAUGGUACCUGUCCCGAUGGUUUUUAUUACGAUGCAUAUCGUGGCGGUUGUGAUUAUCCCAGUAAUGUUGAAUGUGUCGAACAUAAUUCCCAGCUGCCGAAUAUACCCGAAGAUGUCAAGUGCAGCGAAGCGGGCGUUUUCAUUUCGGAUGGUGUAACCUGUAAUGGUUACUUUUAUUGCAGCAGCAUUGGUGAGGGGGAGUUUGGUAUGCGCCAUGGCAAUUGUCCAGUGGAUCGUUUCUUUGAUCCCGCCGAUGGCGGCCAAUGUGUGCCAAGGACGGAUAUUGUAUGCGAACACAAUCGCUGUGUCACCCUGGGCAUGGAUUUCAUACAAAUGGCAAGUAAUACCGGUGAUGGCUGUCGUGGUUUUUCGUUGUGUCAAAAUGGCCAGACAAUCGGACAGGCAUCAUGUCCGAGUGGCGAGUAUUUUGAUGAGUGGUCGCAAUUAUGUGUGGAUCAUGUUAUUGACUAUGUGGCCUGUGCUGGGGAUGGUGAUAACAGUGCGGAUGGCUCGAGUAGCACCAGCACCAGCACCACGACCCCCACGGUGACAGCUGAGCCGGAAUCAACCAUAAAUACCAACUCUGAAGUGGCUGAAAAACUUCUGGCUCUGCCCCAACGAAUUUUAACACCAGUUCCCGUUCCACGGCUCACCUAGACUUUCAAAUUCCUUAUAUCCAUAUAUAUGUAUGUAUGUAUGUAUGUAUGUAUUUUUUCCCAUACGUUCCAAAACUGUAUUGAAAAAU